GGUGACACGGCCUGUCUUGCUGAGAGGGCUGGGCGUGUCCUCAGGGCAGCACUUGGGGUCGGUGGGCGUGGCUCCGUUAUGCCGCAUGACAGGGCGCUCCCGGAAGAUAUCGCCGCCGCUGCACAUCGCCGGGUGAGGGCAGGAAGGGUAGGAAUCGCCGGGCAGGCAAGGAGGACAGUCGCAGUUCAGGGUGAAGCGCCGACUGGUGUCUUCGGCACUGCAGGAUGCUGCGUUUGGCGUCCUGUACAUCUCUGCUGCUGUUGCUCAAGGCAGUGGUAGGCUUGCCCUGGUUUCAGGCCAUCGGUGGUGUCCUCGUUUUCUACCUAGGCUCCGGAGGAUGGAGGUUCAUGAAAGUUUUCUACAAAACCAUAGGCCGGGACGUGAGGGGUGCUAUAACGCUCGUCCGUGUGAAGCUGCAGGUUAAGAAGCACCUGCAAGAGAAAAACACAGUCCCCAACAUCUUUAAGGACAUUGUUAAGCGCCAUCCGAAUAAGACUGCACUGAUCUUUGAGGGUACCGAAACGUCAUGGACCUUCCAGGAGCUGGACGAGUUCUCCAAUAGUGUAGCCAACUUCCUGUAUGCCGAAGGCUUCCGGGCCGGGGAUGUCAUCGCACUGUUCAUGGAGAACUGCAAUGAGUAUGUGGGGUUGUGGCUUGGCAUGGCUAAAAUAGGAGUGGAAGCUGCUCUGAUCAACUUCAACUUACGGCUGGAUGCCCUGGAACACUGCUUCAGCGUCUCCAAUUCCAAGGCUGUGGUGUUUGGACGGGAGAUGUCUCAAGCCAUGAAUGACGUCUAUGCCAUGAUGGGAAAAUCGGUUCAGCUGUACUGCGUGGGUGAUUGUGACCCGUCAACGGUUCCCCCUGGCACAGCGUUCAUUGCUCCACUGCUGCAGAGCGCAUCCCGUCAUCCUCCCAAAGACCCUGGGAGAGGAUUCACAGAUAAAUUAUUUUAUAUCUACACCUCUGGAACAACAGGGCUUCCUAAGGCUGCCAUUGUGGUGCACAGCAGAUACUUCCGCAUGGCUGCCUUGGUGCACUAUGGGUUUGGCAUGCGAGCAGAUGACGUGAUCUAUGACUGCCUUCCCCUGUACCAUUCUGCAGGUAACAUUGUUGGAAUGGGUCAGUGCAUCCUCCUUGGUUUGACAGUUGUAAUCAAAAAGAAAUUUUCAGCAUCACGGUUUUGGGAUGAUUGUAUAAAGUAUAAUUGCACGAUAGUCCAGUAUAUUGGAGAAAUCUGCCGAUACCUCCUGAACCAGCCGUUGCGGGAGGCAGAGUCUCGGCACAAGGUGCGCAUGGCGUUGGGGAAUGGGCUACGUCCCUCUAUCUGGACAGAGUUUACAUCGCGGUUCAGCAUCCCACAAAUUGCAGAAUUUUACGGCGCUACAGAAUGUAAUUGUAGCCUUGGCAACUUUGAUAACAACAUCGGGUCCUGCGGCUUCAACAGCCGUAUUCUGCCGUUUGUUUACCCAAUCCGGCUAAUGAAAGUGAACGAAGACACAAUGGAGCUGAUCCGCAGCCCUGAAGGUCUCUGUAUCCCCUGCGGGCCAGGAGAGCCAGGACAGUUGGUCGGCCGUAUUAUCCAGUCAGAUCCUUUGCGGAGAUUCGAUGGUUACGUGAAUGAGACGGCCACCAGCAAAAAAAUUGCUAGAAACGUUUUCAAAAGUGGAGACAUGGCAUAUCUCUCUGGUGAUGUGCUAGUGAUGGACGAGCUGGGUUACAUGUAUUUCCGGGAUCGAACGGGGGACACAUUCCGAUGGAAAGGAGAAAAUGUGUCCACCACAGAAGUGGAAGGAAUACUAAGCAGACUCCUUGGACAAGCAGAUGUUGUGGUCUAUGGAGUGGAGGUUCCAGGGACAGAAGGGAGAGCCGGCAUGGCAGCCAUUGCCGACCCUGACCACACAUGUGACCUUGACAAGUUUGCCAGAGACCUUAAAAAGUCGCUGCCUGGGUAUUCCCACCCUGUCUUCCUUAGACUGCUGCCAGAGGUGAACAAAACAGGAACCUAUAAAUUCCAAAAGACAGACAUGAGGAAAGAGGGCUUUGAUCCUCACACGGUGAAAGAUGCCCUGUACGUCCUGGAUUCCCAGCAAGGAAAGUACAUCACCUUGGACGACGAAGUUUACAAAAAGAUCCAAUCAGGAAAGCUGAAGCUAUAACCUUGAUUUUCCCCCUCGGGUGCUGGUCACAUGACACAGGUUAAGAGGCCGCUCCCAGCCCAGAGCUGACACGUUCAUCAACUGAGAUUAUAAUCACACACCAAAGUAUUUCAGCUCAAAUACAAACUGGAAAACAAGACAGCUUAUCAGGGACACGGGAUUGUACGCACAGCUGUUUAAAAGGGAUGUCCGUACUUUUUAUUUUUUAUUUUUUUAAUCCGUUUUUAAUUUCUUAUUUAUUUUUUUAGCCCUGCGGGAUAGGAAUGAAUGUUGAGGAGCUGCGGAAGUGCUGUUCUUGUUUAGUCUCCCAUUCCAUCUUUUUGGUACAGGUGAGACCAGCUAUUCUGCAUUCCAGGGAUAUAAGCGAUGAAGAAGGGAAAUUUGCAUGCAUGUCCUUCAUUUACUUAGAACAUACUGUAAUUGGAGGAGGAAACGGAGCAUGCGUCACUGACUCCUCCGUCCUCAGAAACUAAAACGGAGGUUCAGAAAAUGUAGCACAUGUUUUGUAUUUCAUCUGUCGCUCCUAAGGAAGUUCAGCUGCUGUGCCUUGUACAUAUUAAUGGACCGAAAGGAGAAUUCUUGCUAGAUAAUAUUUAUCCAUACAGGACCUCAUUCCACUUCCUAAUGUGUACAGUGUAGUCUGUAAUCAUACACCUCUGCCUUUCUACGCGUCCCUUUAGGAGAUAAGAAUACAGGGCAGACCAAUGCCGCAAAAUGACCUUUUCACGCUAUCCACAACACAAACGGUUAAUGUCCCGGAUCAUCAGCCAUGCUGGCACAGCAUUCAAGACCACACUAAUGUUGGUUCUGGCAGAAAUAAUGGUUAUCCUGCUAUUAUUAUUUUUAUUUUUUUGUUAUUAGAAACGCAAUUUUACUAAUAGGUAAAAUCCUUGGCGCUUCUAUUGAAGUUAAACUGUAGCUUAAUAGACAUCUGUUCCUUUAUGAAAGAAUAUUUUAUUACCUUCACAGAUGCGCGUGGAAAUGUUACUACGUAAAAUAUUUUAAACGGUACUGUUUAAAAUACGUUAGGAACAAAGAUAUUCUACUGCACUCCUCACACCUUGAGCAAUUAUCCCAGGGUGAGCACAAAAGGAAAUUUCUCCUUGUGUUCAGAUUUAAAGAAAUAGGUGCGUUGUUUCAUAAUAAUGAAAUAUGGUACAUGCAUUUGUAAAUGUUCUUUAAUAAAGGAGCUAUGUCUGUGAGCUACAGUUUUGCGUCAAGUAUCUAUACGCUGAAGUUUCAACGGGUUGACCAUAUUGGGCCUCUGCUAAGUAACGCAACAGAGUCGUACAUCAGUGGGGUUCUUGCCAAACUGCCCCCUCCAAACUAUGAGAGUGGUGCAAUAAAUCGGGUAACAAGACAUCUCAUUGCAUACGUAUAUUCAGCUCCUAAAUAUACAUAUAAUUGAUAGUAUGGUCUUGGUAAGGUUUAUUUUUCCGCAUAGUCCCCAUACUUGGCUAAGCAUUUGUUCCAACGGUACACCAAGGCAUCUAUUCCGGCAUAGAAGAAAUCAGUGUCAAGCGCCUAAAGCCAGGACAUGACGGUUUGCUGAACUUCACCGGCGGUUGCGAUUUGCCUUUCUUUAUUGAUUCUUCAAUGGUCCAGAGAGAUAGAAAUCACUCGGUGCCAGAUCAGGGUGGUAGGAAAGAUGGUCCAGUACCUCCCAAUGGUAGCACCGUAACAACUUAUGCGUGUGGUUGGCUGGGUAUUUCCCAAACCUGUUCCCAUGACAUGACGUUAUCACCGUAAACCCUGACAAGUUGGCGAUGAAUCUCAGCUGCUGAUGUGCCCUUUGGGAUGCAGAUAUCUGAUCACACUACGCACCUCAAUGUCUGACCAUGUGUCCGCCAGCCUCGCCAUCCUACUGCUGAUGUUGGGACAGUAUGACUGGUAUGAGGCGCAGUCUAAAGGCCAUGUUGGGAAGUAGUGGUCUUCAUGCUCUGGCCUAGUGGGAAAUUAGAAUGAAACAGAGAACAUUACACACGUGAGAGGUCUUGUUAUCUUACUUAUUAAACCACCCUCAUAUUACUGCUAAUUUGUAGUUGUCUACGUUUAGUGCUGGAGAAUUCUACAAGAGAUUUACACUGGGCAUCCUGUCUAUAGAUCCACACUAAAGAGGUCUACAGUUAAUAGGACAACCACUAAUGGUAGACCUGCAUUAGGUCAACAGGGUCAAAAGGUCGACAUGUAAAGGUAGAAAGUUCAAAAGGUUGAGAGGGUCAAAAGGUCGACAUGACAGUGGUCAACACAAGUUUUGUUUUAUUUAUUUUUUUCAUUUAUUUCAACUUUUUCAUACUUUACCAGUCGUGGACUACGACUGGGAAUCGCAAGGCACCUUGCUUCACCCGCCAUGCGAGGGGACGUGGUACACUAAUGAGGCUUGUUUUUGGCAUAAAAGUGUCAAAACACCCCAAAAAAAACAGAAUAAAAAAAUCUGUCCUUCUCCUUUUUUUUUGUGUCACCCAUUUCCAUGUUGACCUUUUGACCGUGUCAAACUCUGCUGCUGUCUACCUAUUUUAUGUUGACCUUUUGACCCUGUCGACCUAAUGCAUGUCUACCAUUAGUGGUAGACCUAUUGAUUGUUGACCUUUUUAGUGUAGACCUAAUAAUCCACACCCUUUAAACUGGAUGAGAUGUGUAACAUUGAGGGCUGAACUUUGAUCCACCGGCAUCCAACCUAUGCUGCAUUCAUUGCACACUUUCCACUCUUGACAGCUUGAAAGUCCUCCAGCGUGACAAGGUCUCACCCCCACCGAUGUGCUACACUGGUUGAGUACUUCCAAAGUGGCUGCAAUUUUCAAGGUUAACAACCACUUUGAAAAGCUAAGGAAAGUGCAUGCCGUAUAUUAAAUUUUUUGUAUUUUAUAAAUCCUGCUUUCUUCUAAUAAUGCGAAUCCGCAGCAAUAUUUUUAAAUGUAGUAUUCUUCCAAUCCUCUGUUGCUGAGACUUCAUAUCAUAAAAUGGUUUUGGUUAAAGUGUACCCAUUACCUAUACAGAGUGGAGGCAGCCAUUUUGUCAAUAACUAGGAAUGCAGCCAGUCAGCAGGAACAGCAGUGCGUUCUCUUUCAUGAAUAUAUCCCAACAGUGAACUUAAGGUGCGCUGUUUAUGGUUUUAGAUGUGGCACCUUCCUUGGAUAUUCACAUUUAUUUAAUGUUUGUCUGUGCUAUGGAAAAAUAAAGGCAGUCUACGUACCUUUUCCAUCAUGUUCCAUAUUCAGCCUGCAGAGCGUAGCUAAGACUUCUGGAAAUGCCUGACAGAUUUAUGCUCCUACUAAGGUCACUGUAGCCACACUGUCACUUAACAAUGCCGAAUGCAAGCCUUUCUGCUCAUCUUAAGCCAUGUCUCAAAUAUUAAUGAGACCGGUGCUUAUUGACAGGCUCCGUUCACACCACUGGAGCGCUUCUUGUCCAAUAUGCAUGAGGCAUUGGUUUCGGUGUCAUUCUGUCUUUGUAUCACCAUUAAAGUAAUGACUCCCGUGCACCACAUUACAGUAGAUUGUAUUUGGUAUCCAUAGUUAUGCUACAAAACAAAAUGUCUGCCUUCACUAUGUAGACAACAGGCAAAAGGUUGCAGGUGGAACAAAAAAGGUCUACACUAGGGCUGGACAAUGUGUGGCUCUAGGUGUUAUGGAACUACAAGCCCAGUCAUUCUCUACUAUUAGUGUGUGCUGGGACUUGUAGUUUCAUAACACCUUAUCUGCACUGUGGUGUAAUUACAUUUCACAGACCCUCCACCCUUAGCGGCUGAUCUGUUGCACCUGUUACUAGGUAUCUAUUGCUAUUGGCCUGCUGGGAAUUGUGCACGUUAAAUCAGGCCACCCCCAGACGUUAAAUUUGACCACCCCCAGACUUAUGUAAGGUACACGUUACAUGCAUGUCACCGCUUGUCGGAAAUCUGGGUGAUCAUUACCAAGGAAAGAGUGCUCAAUUAUUUCCUGCUUUAAAUGGCUUAAACUAAGUGUGCUCAUUACCUGCAACGGUGAAAGGAGCCAUUUUGUGGUUUUGUCAGAAAUGGACAUGUGCCCACCAAAUGACUGCUCUGCUGCGUGUACUGUAAGCAUGACCAGUCAUGUCUAGUUGCUACAUCAUGACAAGCUCCGUAUCUCCAUGUAAUAUAUGUAACAUAUCAAAUGUUUGUGUGUGAUCUGGGAUGUAUGACAUUGGCAUGAUCCAUUUAGGGCCCUGCUGUGUAUCUUUCAGGCAAGUGCAUUUAUCAUAUAUGUGUGUUCUAAUGCAUCAUACAUGUGUGUUCUAUUGCAGUACAAUAGACCUUCAGGCAGCUAGGAAAUGUGUAUACACCGCAAAACCAGAGCUUGGGGAAUUCUGCCAACUAGUCCAUUUCGAUAAAUAAUGGUUUAUAAUGACAUUAACAUGAGUCCUUUGGCUACACACAAUGAAGGCCAUAAUUUUUUGGUGUCUACCGGUAUUCAUGCGAAUGUAUCCUGUCUUUACUAAAAUAUGAUGCCUAUACUGUUUUAUGAGAGAUUACUAGGCCCUGGUAAAUCUGUAGGUUGUACUCUCAGGAAUUCUUGGUAGGCACACAACAUGGCUGCCUGAAUGUGGUAGUUAUAAGGUUCACUUGAAACUGAAAAACAAAAAUGUAAUUGGAAAAAAAAUACAAUUGGUGCAAAUGCAAAAUGAAAACAUGUUCUGUAACCAAUAGCAACUAAGAAACGUCUUCCUUUUCAUUGCUAAAAAUGAUUGGGGAAGAUUGGCUCUGGUUGCAGCUGGCCUUUUACAGCUUCCGCCUGGGCACCAGUUUUCAUAAAUGUAAGCCAAACACUUUAUAUAACACUAUAUAAGCAGCGCUCCUAUUCCACGCAAUAUGCUAAGUGGUACAAGCGGUUUGUCGUAUGUUAAUAUGAAUAUUUCCCCACAACUCCGUCCUGCCCAGUGUUGUGGAUCCACACCCUCCUAUGUCCUCUUUCACACACUAUAGACAAGAUUUUCCAUAUGCAAUAAAUAAUUGUUGCCAUUU